AUGCAAGACUUGGGGUCCACGGAGCGGUUGGCGGAUAUAAAUAGAUGGAGGCGACGGCUUGCAGCGGCUACUCCGAACGGGCCCGAACGAGGUCACAUGGGUGAGAAGGCAGUGAAGAGGUCACGAGGUGCGGGAACCGCACGCGUUGCCGACGCCGCAGACCCCGCUGCAGCGUCAUGGAAGCGUGCGCUUCUCUCCCGCGGUGGGGCGCGGCCCUGCGCGGCCUCCGAACUCAUCAGAGUGAACCGGGGCAUCACUGCUUCAGCCCGAUCGGAGCUCUGGGAGAUCUCCUUGGACAUGUUGAAGCGCGUGGAUCUGUUACGCCUUGAGGCAGAUUGCAUCAGCUACAGUUUCAUCUCCUCCGCCCAGUGGUGGGUCGGUUUAGGGCUUUUCACCUCAAUGCUCCACAAACUCAUUUGGCCAGAUGUCAUCAGCUGCUCCCACGUGCUCAACCAAACCAAGCUUAGUAGGUCCUGGUGGAUGAGUAUGAGAUUCUUGGAGAAGAUGAAGAACUUCAGGACCAGACCUGAUUUGGUGAAUUACAAUAACGUCUUGAGUGGCUGUGCGAAGAGCUCACACUGGCUUUCCAGCUUGACACUCUUGUGCCGGAUGAAGCAUCUCCAAGUUUCUCCAGAUAGCAUCAGCUAUAACGGCUGCACCCCAUGCAGAGCACAGUGGCAGAUGGCGGCAAGACUUCUGAAGCUUCAUGGGAUUGAGGCGCACCUCAUCAACUACAAUACUGCCAUCAACAUUUAUGAACCCUGGCGUGAAGCUUUCCAUGUUGUAAGGAGCCUGGAAGAAGAGGGGCUUCUGCCAGAUACCAUCACCUACAAUCUGAUGAUCAAGAAGUCUGAGGAUGCCGGCCAUUGGAUGAAUGCGCUGUCGCUCUGGUCGCACCCCGCGGAGCGACCGCCGGGGCGGACGCUGGGCGCCUGGCGUUGGACGUUGGCCGCGCGCGCCGCGGCUCCGCGCGCGGCGGGGCCCCGUGCGUGCCGGGGAGUGGAGGAUUUGAAUGCGAUGAUCGGUGCUUCUUGGUCGGCUCCUUGGUUCUGGGCGCUGGAGUUGCUCACUUCCUCCAGAUGUCGACCGGACGUGAUCAGCUUCUCCUCUGCAAUGGGCCUCGCGCGUGGCGCACAACGCGAGGACGAAGGCUGGGGCUUGGGCGUGCGGCUGUUGGCUGUGAUGCGGCUGGAUGGGGUACGUCCCAACAUCAUCUCCUACAACAGUGCCAUAGACCUUUGCGAUAAAGCUGGGCAAUGGCUGGCUGCAGUAUCUCUCCUUGUCUUCAUGCUUUCUUCUCAGGAAGAGCCAGACAGCAUUAGCUACAACUCCUCCAUCCGAGCCUGCGCCUGCGGCACUGGACAGCUGCAGAUAGCUUUGCGGCUGCUGGCGCAGAUGGAAGCGCAGAGGCUAUCUCCCACGACGGUGACUUACAACAGCGCCAUCUGCGUGUGUGAGCCACGCGGGAGCUGGGCAUGUGCCUUAAACCUUCUGGAAUCCAUGGCGGCAGCGCAAGCACCACCAGAUGUCGUCAGCUUCAGCAGCAGCAUCAGCGUGUCUGAAGCGGCCGGAUUCUGGGAGCUGGCUUUGCAACUUCUCAACACUCUGGAGAUUUCUGGAAGGGUGCCAGAUCUCUUCAGCUUCAAUAGUGCCAUCAGUGCAUGUGAGAAGGGCGGUCAGCUGGACCUCGCUUUGAAGCUCAAGAACUGCUUGCUGCAGCAGGGCCGCCUUUCCCCAGACGUCUUGACCUUCAGCAGUCUGAUCAGUGCUGCAGCAAAGGAUCGUCACUGGUGUACUGCACUGAAAUCGCUUGAAGAGAUGGAUCUGGGCAGAGUGGCACCAAGCCUCAUCACCUACAACAGUCUGAUCAGUGCCUGUGGAGAGACGUUUCUGGGAUGGGCCAUGGCCUUGAGCUUCCUGAAUGCCGCCCAACUCGCAGGGUGUCGGCCUGAUGUGAUCACGCACAGCAGCAGCAUCUCCAGCUGUCAUCGUGCCACGCAUUGGCCGCACGCGUUGACUCUGAUGGAGCAGGGGAACAUUAUCAGCUGCGAGAUGCUGAUCAAUGCCUGCACAGCUGAUGGAGCUGCUUUGGGUCAUGUCCCGCGUUUCUUGUGCACCGCAGACCGCCUUGGACGGUCACUGUGUCAACGAAGUUUGAAGGGCCACUAG